CCAAACGAAGCUUUAAUUAGGAGAAUGUUUUGGGGUUUAUUUGAUAACAGCGUAGGCCGCUCGCUCCGCCAGGACUGGAGGAAGAAGCGGACGCAAUCCCGCCAUUGAGGUGCAGGGGUUAGCACUGGUAAUUCAACUCAACUGCCUGUUCUUUCUUCCCUUCUUCGGCGCCGAAGUUCUCUUGUGCUCGCGAUUUGAUCGCAUCUCUACAUGAUCGGAGCCGUUAAGCUCGCCGAUCGGUAUCACGUGUACCGAACAUGAGUACAACAAGGCAUACGGUGCGAGAUUUGAUCGAAGAAGCGAAGAAACGGGUCGUGUUGUUCCUAAUAUGCAUCUUCGGCCUCUCCUAUCUCAUGUCCUUAACUAGUUCCUCAGUCUGGGUGAACUUGCCCGCCGCUGCUGUGUUGAUCAUUUUCUGCCGAUACAUCUCGCUUGAGCUUGAUAUCCACAAGAAGUCAGCAACAGGCAGCAAACCACCUCUUAGCAAUCCAUCUUCCCAAAAGAAGUCCAUCAAACCUCACAACUCUCCCCUUGAAAAGUUCAACUGGAGAAGCAAGGUGAAUUCUCCUGUUACUGAGGAGGCAAUUGACCACUUUACCAGACACUUGGUCUCAGAGUGGGUAACAAAUCUUUGGUACUCUCGCAUAACACCUGAUAAAGAUGGUCCUGAAGAAUUAGUUCAGAUUAUAAAUAAUGUUUUUGGGGAAAUUUCAAGUCGUGCAAGAGAGAUAAAUCUUAUUGAGCUUCUUACCAGGGAUAUUAUUAAUCUGUUUUGCAAUCAUUUGGAACUUUAUCGUACGAGCAUCUCCAAGAUUGGAAGGCAGGAAUUGAAGAAGCUUCCCCUUGAUCAUCAAGAUCUUCAACUGAAGCAGGUUCUGGCCGCUGAGAGCAAGUUGCAUCCUGCUCUGUUUUCUGCAAAAGCUGAGCAUAAGGUAUUGCAGCAUUUGGUGAAGGGGCUUAUGUCGACUGCUUUUAGGCCCAAAGACCUGCAAUGCUGUUUUUUUCAAUAUACCACUAGAGAACUUCUUGCUUGUGCUGUCUUUCGACCUGUUUUAAACUUGGCUAAUCCAAGGGUUAUCAAUGAAAAGAUUGAGUCUUUGGUUCUUUCUUUUGCCAACAAGGCUGAUAAGGAAGCUAAAACUUCAACAGAUCAGGCAGUCAUAGUCAAGUCUAAUGCACCUUCAAAGCCAUCAGCUGAACAGCUUUCUGGGUUACUAGAUCGCUCAGCUGUGGGGCUCGAACUUGUACAAUUUAAGCAUGGCCCAUCUAAAAUUGCUUCUGAUGAACAAGUGGCAAAUAAUGGAGCAACUUAUUUGAAGCAUAAACAUUCUUCAGGUUGCAGUUCUGUAGGGACUCAUGAGACAGCGCUGAUGCCAGGGACCAUAAAUAAUGGUGCUCAAGAAUCACCAAAUACUCAAACUAAUCAUAUUGACCCAACUUUAUCUUCCAUUCCCAAAGGAGAAUGGGGUCAGCUUUUGGAUAUAAUUUCCCAAAAGAAGCAGAAUGCGCUUGCACCAGAGCAUCUUGAAAAUGUAUGGGCAAAAGGAAGAAACUAUAGGAAGAAGGAAGGAUCAAAACAGUUUCCAAAGCAAAAUGCACAUGGUACAUCUACCUGCAGCAAUAGCACAAAGCAAUGUGCAACAACACCUGGUUACUUGAAAAAAGAUAAGGCAGCAAGCCGUGAUUCGUCCAUGAUUAAUACUGCUGUUCCAUGUCAUGAGAAUCUAGAUUUUGCCGACAACUUUAUUGCUCAUUCUGACAUGAUUGAUUCAGCUUAUCACCUUUCCGAUCCAUAUCAAGAAAAGUCAGAUGUUCAUCAGGAAGAGAUUGAAAUAGCUAGUGAAAGUUCAUAUGAAACUGAAGAUGAAGAGAGCAGCAAUGUGACAGGCCUUGGCUCUCCUGGAACAAGAGUCUGGGAUAGCAAAAACAAAAGAAAUGCUUCUGUUUCACACAUAAGGCACCCUCUUGAAACUUCUGAUUUCCAUUCAACAAAGAAAAAGGUUAAAAACCAUGUUCGACAUCCCAGGACAUUGAGAACUCCAUCAGGAAGGAAAAAAUUUAGGCCAAGUAAUCAGAAGACCCCCCUUUGGCAAGAGAUUGAGAGAUCGUCCUUUUUCUUAGGCGAAGGGAAGGAUCUACUAAAUGAAUUAGCCAAAGAUACUAGAAUGGAGGAACUGAGUGAUGACCCGGAUGUUGAAAUUGUUGGUAGGAUUCAUAGUGGGGCAGCUGCAUCAUCAUCCAUGCCUUCCGUCUCAGCAUCUGAAUCAUCCACCUUUUCUUUGAAGUCUUUGGAAAAUUCUGUGCUGGCAGACUCAUUUCUAAAGCUUAGAUGUGAGGUUUUCGGCGCCAACAUUGUUAAGAGUGGUUCAGGAAAUUUUGCUGUGUAUUCCAUUGCUGUGACUGAUGCAAAUAAUCAUUGUUGGUCCAUCAAAAGAAGGUUCCGGCAUUUUGAAGAGUUGCAUCGGCGUCUAAAGGAAUUUCCGGAAUAUAGUCUUAGCUUGCCGCCAAAACAUUUUCUUUUGUCGGGACUUGAACUACCUGUUGUUCAAGAAAGAUGUAAAUUACUUGAUAAAUAUCUAAAGAGGCUUCUUGAGCUUCCAACCAUAUCAGGAUCUAUAGAGGUUUGGGAUUUUCUCAGCGUUGAUUCACAGACUUACUUGUUCUCUGAUUCUCUCUCUAUCAUGCAAACAUUGUCGGUUGAUCCUAAUGAUAAGCUACCUGAGAACAGUGCUAAGGUCCACAACUCGGCUGAAGUUGCAAACUGUCAGUUACCGUCUCAGACUGAACAGUUGAGCAGUGUAAAUGGAGUAAAUGCUUUAUCCAUGCAUUUGAACAAAAAAAAUACAGAAUCAGAAAAUUUUGGGAUGCGAAAGAGAAAAUUUGAGGGGCAUGCUGGAAUGAAUGUUAGUAAAGAAGGUAAUUCUUUAUCUCAUGAUAAUUCUGGGAGUGACACAGAGAAAAACAUGGUUCAAAGGAUGUCGGAUCCUAGCAAGAUUGAAAAUGAUGACCGUAAAGGUACUUUAAGUGGAGAUGAUGGCCUACCUGAGGCAUCCCAAAUUCCUGUGGCUGUUGGAGAUCCAAUACUUCCUACUGAAUGGGCGACUCCAAAUCUAAGUGUCCCUAUAUUGGAUUUGAUGGAUGUAAUUUUUCAGCUUAAAGAUGGGGGCUGGAUCAGGCGUCAAGCAUUUUGGGUGGCGAAACAAUUGCUGCAAUUGGGAAUGGGGGAUGCUUUUGAUGAUUGGCUUAUUGACAAAAUCCAGCUUUUGAGAAAAGGAUCAGUAGUUGCUAAUGCAAUUAGGCGCAUUGAGCAAAUGCUAUGGCCUGAUGGAAUCUUCAUUACUAAGCAUCCAAACCGUAAACCUCCUACACCAGUUUCUUCUCCAGGUAAUAUAGGCAGCGGAAACAACUUUCUCGAGAGUGAGCAACAAAUAGAAGCUGCUCGUCGUGCGAAAUUUGUUUAUGAGUUGAUAGUAGAUAAAGCACCAGCUCCUCUUGUAGGUCUUGUGGGCAGAAAGGAGUAUGAACAUUGCGCUCAAGAUAUAUAUUUCUUUCUUCAGUCUGUAGUUUGCUUGAAGCAGCUGACAGUAGAGCUCUUAGAGUUACUACUGCUAUCUGCUUUCCCCGAGCUUGAGGAGGUUAUUAGACAAUGCCAUGAAGAAAAAGAUCAGUUUGGAUUCUUUGAAGAGUAAGUCUCUACUCACUGAGCUACAGUACCAUUUUUUAACUGGAAAUCUGGUGGCUUUACCGUUUGAUGUCUUCUGCGGUAAAUAAAAAAUAUUAUUGUAAAUAGCCAAGUUCUAGUUUGUAUUACAGAAGGUUGUUAUUGAUGUCCACUUGUUCAUUGAUUGCUAUGUUGAGUCAAUACGUAGUCCAAUUUUGUACCUUUUAGGUCCAUUAUAUAGUUUUUUCUUGAUUACACCAUAAUCAAUUUCAAGAAGAAUUCUGUACAUAAUUGAUUUUUAUGAGUUAAUUAAAUCUAAAUGUUUGUUAUUA